CUAGGAUUUAUACAUAUAUGUUGGAGAAGUCUCGUGUCAUUAUGCAGCCUCUCAACCAGAGUAAUUUUCAUGUUUUUUACUUGAUGAUGGAUGGGCUGUCUGCUGAAGAAAAAUACACCCUGUACCUCAGUAAUUUAUCUGCACACAGGUAUCUAAGCCAGACCAUACUGGAAGAGACAAUGUUAUCAGCCAACCCUCAAAACAGGGAGAAAUUAGCCAUACUGAAACAAGCUCUAGGUGCUAUGGGAUUCAAUAGCCUGGAGGUGGAGAACCUGUUUGUAAUUCUCUCAGCAAUUCUGCAUCUUGGAGACAUUCGCUUUACGUCUCUGACAGACGCUGAGACAGCAUUCGUGUCAGACCUGCAGCUACUGGAACAAGUGGCAGGGAUGCUGCAGGUUUCACCAGAUGAACUUGCUUCAGCCUUAACAACUGAUGUUCAGUAUUUUAAAGGAGACAUGAUUGUACGGAGGCACACUAUAGAGAUUGCAGAAUUUUACCGGGAUCUCUUGGCAAAAUCUCUUUAUGGUCGUUUAUUUAGCUUUUUAGUCAACACAAUCAACUGCUACCUUCAAAAUCAAGAUGAGACUGGCAGUGACCAGGUGUUUGAAAUUGGAGUACUGGAUAUUUUUGGGUUUGAAGAAUUUCAAAAGAAUACUUUUGAACAGCUGUGUGUCAACAUGACCAAUGAGAAGAUACAUCAGUACAUCAAUGAAGUGCUUUUCCUACAAGAGCAAGCAGAAUGUGUACAAGAGGGAGUUACCAUGGAAACGAUGUAUUCUCCUGGUAACCAUACCGCAGUCUUGGAUUUUUUCUUUCAGAAACCAUCAGGCUUUUUGUCAAUGCUGGAUGAAGAAAGCCAAUCUAUUUGGUCAGUGGAACAGAGUCUGUCUAAACGCGUUCAGUCUUACCUGGAUACAUCAGAUACCAAUACAGUAUAUUCCUCCACAAAAGAUGGAAACGGUAACCUUGCCCCAAAGGAUCAGGGCUCCACCUUCACUGUUAUGCAUUAUGCUGGGAGGGUUACUUAUGAAAUUGCUGGUGCAAUAGAAAAAAAUAAAGAUUCCCUUUCACAAAAUCUCGUAUUUGUAAUGAAAACCAGUGAAAACGUAGUAAUCAAUCAAUUGUUCCAGUCCAAACUGACGCAAACUGGAUCACUUGUUCCUCCAUAUCAUUCCCUUAAAAUCAAGGGAUGUAAAGCAGCUUUACUGAGUAAAAAACCAUCAGUAGCCUCUGCAAGUGGAGAAGCAAAGAAAUAUAUCGAGCUCAGCAAGCUGUUGAAAAAGAAAGGAACAUCCUCAUUUCUUCAGAGACUGGAACGGGGAGGCCCAACCACUGUGGCAAUACAGCUCAGGAAAUCACUCACAGAUAUUAUUGGGAAGCUGCAGAACUGCACACCACAUUCUGUUCAUUGUAUAAAGCCUAAUAACUCCAAGUUGCCAGAUACUUUUGAUAAUUUUUAUGUGUCUGCUCAACUGCAAUAUAUUGGUGUCCUAGACAUGGUCAAAAUCAUACGACAUGGAUAUCCAAUACGUCUCUCUUUCACGGACUUCUUGUCAAGGUAUAAAGAUUUGGCUGAUAUGGCAGCAGGAGAAAAGAAGAAGUUGUCUGCCAAGGAGAGAUGUCGUCUUGUUCUUCAGCAGUGUAAAUUACAAGGCUGGCAGAUAGGAGUCCGAAAAGUGUUUCUUAAGUACUGGCAAGCUGACCAUCUCAACGAUUUGUGCCUUCAGCUUCAGAAGAAAAUUAUAACCUGCCAAAAAGUUGUAAGAGGUUUCCUAGCCCGCCAGCACUUGCUACAGAAGAUGAGCAUCAAACAGCAAGAGGUCACCUCAAUCAAAAGCUUUUUGCAGAAUGCUGAUAUGGGAUUAAAAACAUAUGAUGCCCUGGUCAUUCAAAACGCUUCUGACAUUGCUCGAGAAAAUGACCGGCUCCGCAAUGAGAUGAACACUGCUUACCAUAGGGAAAAGUUAGAGGCUAGAAAGAGACCAGAAGAAUGCCACAAAAGAGCUGAAGACAAGGGUGGGAAGGUCUCUGAGGACAGCUUUGCUGGCUGUCGAACGCCUAAGCACUUUCAUUCCAGCUCCGUCCCUGUCCCCAUGGCAGUGGACAGCUUGGUACAUUCUGCGGCUGGGUCAUCCAUCAGAUCCCCCUCCCUGCACUCUGUGUUCAGCAUGGAUGAUAGCAAUAGCCUGCCAUCACCAAGGAAACAGCCUCCUCCCAAGCCAAAGAGGGACCCCAACACACGACUGAGCGCUUCGUACGAGGCUGUUAGUGCUUGCUUGUCGGCAGCUUCUAAGGAAGCCGCUAAUGAAGUACUGACCCGUCCAAGACCACACAGUGAUGACUAUAGUACCAUGAAAAAAAUACCUCCCAGAAAACCAAAACGAAGUCCCAAUACAAAACUUAGUGGCUCUUAUGAAGAAAUACCUGGCCAAAAGCCUGGGGAUGUAAAACAGGCAACCACAGUAUCUAAACCAGUUGGCUAUGACACUGUGACUGCACAGAGAGCAGCUUCUGCUGAUGGGCCACAACAUGGCGUGUUGAGUCUCUAUAUGUCACAAGAAGAGGAGGAAAAUGAGCCUGUCUAUAUUGAAAUGGUAGGGAAUGCAAUGAAAAGCAGUUCUGCUGAAGCAGAAAGCCCAGAACAAGGAGAGUCUGUAUAUGAAGAAAUGAAAUAUUUUCUACCAGAAGAAGGAAGCAAUGGUAAUGGAAUAAUUCCAGUAGUGACUGGAUCUCCUCCCCAGUUGUUUGAAAGCAAAAGAAAUAUUAAUAUUGAAGAUGGAACAUUAGAUGGAAACAGUCAAGCAGCUUUGAUCUGUAAGGACUCCUGUGAUAUUCCAGCUCCUUUCCCUAAUUUGCUCCCCCACAGGCCACCACUUCUUGUAUUUCCUCCAACUCCUGUCACAUGUUCACCUGCUUCUGAUGAAUCACCUCUAACACCACUAGAAGUCAAAAAGCUUCCUGUCUUGGAAACCAACCUAAAAUACCCUGUGCAGUCAGAAGGCUCAAGUCCAUUAUCACCACAGUAUUCCAAAAGCCAGAAAGGGGAGAAUGAAAGACCAGCAUCUCCAGGCUUGGUUGUGUUCAAUGUUUCCAGCAAAGUGACUCCUCCUUCCACACCACCUCCUCCUCUCCCACCACCCCCUCCUCCUGUACCACCUCCUAUUUCCUACCGGGCUUCCACACAUUUUGCAUUUCCUCCAGAGACUUGUACCAGUUUUCUGGUUAAUACAGGGAAAACAGGUGUGAACUCAGAUCUGUCAAAAGUACCUCAGAGACCAAAUCCUGCUCAGCUUGGGUGUUCUUCUUCUGCAUUCUCAAAACUGCCUUACUCCCCAAAAGUGGCAAGAGCAGAUCACAGGAAAUUGAACUCAAAUUCAUCAUCUUCAUUUCCAUACAGCCCUACAAAUUCAAGGUCAUUGACCAGUCCCCUUGAUGAGUUAACCAGCUUGUUCAACUCAGGACGGAGUGUUCUACGAAAAUCUGCAGCAGGACGUAAGAUCAGGGAGCCAGAAGGUGCUGAAACUAAUCUGAACUUGAGGAGCAGAGAAGAUCCAAAUACAUCAGAUAUUGUAUCAGAAACCCAGGAUAAAAAUGCAAAUAAACAUGGUACUCAGUCAUCUAAUCCACUGAACAGUUCUGUGACUGCUGAAAAUGGAAAUUCAGUAUCAAAUGGUUUGCCAGAGGAAAAUGAAUAUUCAAGACAUUCAGCCAGCACUACAGCAGGCUUAUCGAUUCAAAGACACAGGGAGAGCCACACCAGUCAGGUUAUUCAUCAGCUUAGACUUUCAGAGAAUGAGAGUGUGGCUCUGCAAGAGCUUCUAGAUUGGAGGAGAAAACUGUGUGAAGAGAGAGAAGACUGGCAGCAAAUCUUGCACAACACUGAGCAAAGAAUCACAGCCCCACCUCCACCCCCUUGUAAAAAGCCAACGCUGCUGAAGAAGGUAGAAGAUGCCUCCUGCAACAGACUCCCUUCAGGCAUAUGGGAUACCACCAUGUGAUUCAGAUGUGUGUGUUUGCAGACUGUUAGGAAUGAAACCAUCUAAUGACUUCAAUCUGCACAAUCAGCAAGUUUCCUUCCCUUCACAAAGCGUGCAGGGAUUUUUUAUAAGCACUCAUUCAAGAGCACAGGAUGGAGGAGCUAUUUAGAUCUGUCAUGUGUGCGUGUACAUGUGCAUGUUUGUACUUUUCAUAUAUAUAUACACAUGCGCAUGUAUGUGUGCAUCUGUGAGUAUAUAUAUGUAUGCGUGUGUAUAUAUGUAUGGAGACAAACUGCACUAUAAGAAGUUAGUUUAAAAGUACAAGACGGUCACUUAGAGUUCUCCCGUGGACAAUAAAGAAACUAUGUUAAGCAAAAGAUGAUGGGGAGAAGUGACUGACAGGCAUUUGAGAAAGAUCAGGAAAGUCUGUGUGCACACUGUACAGCUGUUUUAUAUAGUACAAAAAUAUGAUGUUUCUUGUUCCUUAAUGAAUGGUUUUAUUAUAUUAUGUGUAUACAUAUAUAUAUUUCUUUGUAGAUGUCUGUGUUCUAUUGGCGAUGCAAACCUGAAGAUUAUUUACAUGUUUAUUACUGGUGAUUUAUAACUUUAUGCGAUUGGUGCUGUCGUUCUUUCUUCAAAAUACAGGUAAUA